AGAGGAUACUGCCCUCAAAGAAGGACUUCAUUUGCGGCAAAGAAGUGCAACAAGUAGACGCGUCGACUGCGCCGAGCGAUUCGGAGCUCUUCAUUGAAAUAAUAAAAUACAAAAAAAAAAGCCGAAAAAUAAUAGAAUUUUAUUUAUUUAUUAUUAUUAUUUUCAUAGCAUUGAGUUAAUUUGGCUCCAAGCGAUCUCGAGCUUCCGAAACCGGAAAGCUGAAAAAAAAAAAGAAAAAAAGAAAAAAAAAGCGACGCCGAUUCCCGAGAUUUAGGAAAUUUCUGGUUUCCGAGAAAAAUGCAUUCUUGAAUUUUCUUACAAGAAAUCGGUUUUUUGUUUUCUUUUUUUUUUUUUAUCGGAUUGAGUAUAGACUAAAGAGGAGACAAUGGCUACAUCGAAUGCUCGAACCCACUCGUUUGUUCAGACUGAAAUUAACUGGGACAAGCUUGAUAAAACUAAAUUUUAUGUCGUAGGCGCUGGCCUCUUUACAGGGCUUACAGUGGCACUGUAUCCAGUCUCGGUUAUAAAAACCAGGCUUCAGGUUGCUUCAAAGGAAGUUGGUGAGAAAAAUGCAUUUUCUGUCGUUAGAGGCAUACUGAGAACAGAUGGGAUUCCUGGUCUCUACAGAGGGUUUGGUACGGUUAUCACUGGUGCUAUUCCUGCCAGGAUUUUGUUUCUUACUGCUUUGGAGACCACAAAAGUUGCUUCCUAUAAGUUGGUUGAACCAAUAGAAUUAUCAGAAACUACUCGAGCAGCAAUCGCAAAUGGAAUAGCGGGCAUGACAGCUGCACUUUUCUCUCAAGCUGUGUUUGUUCCAAUUGAUGUGGUUAGUCAAAAGUUGAUGGUGCAAGGAUACUCAGGCCAUGCAAAGUAUAGUGGGGGUUUGGAUGUUGCCCGUAAGGUUAUAAAGACUGAUGGCAUCCGAGGAUUGUAUAAAGGGUUUGGUUUGUCUAUUUUGACUUACUCCCCUUCCAGUGCUGUAUGGUGGGCAAGUUAUGGUGCAAGUCAACGCUUCAUCUGGAGCUUCUUAGGCCAUGAUUCUGGUUUGGAGAAAGCUCCUAGUGAAGGGAAAUUAGUAUUAGUACAAGCAACUGGGGGAAUUAUUGCAGGGGCAACAGCAGCCUCCAUAACAACCCCACUGGACACCAUCAAGACACGGUUACAGGUGAUGGGACAUGAAGGGGGACACACUACUCGACAAGUUGUUAAAAGCUUGGUUUUAGACGAUGGCUGGAGAGGUUUAUACAGAGGGCUGGGUCCAAGAUUCUUCAGCACGUCUGCAUGGGGAACCUCAAUGAUAUUAGCUUAUGAAUAUCUGACUGAGAAGCAGAGCUCAUCUCCCAGCUUAUCCAUCUUUGGUACUAUCCUCCAUAGUAGUUGUCUGCAACCUAGCCUGUUGAAUUCAUCCAAAUACAUCUUCAUGUCUUCCUUCUUACAAAAGAAACGGUCUAUCCAGAGAAGCCCUUUUGGCAGGAGGACGCGGUCCAAAUCAAACAACACAAAUUGAAGGAAUUCCACAUCUAUCCACACAUCCAAGAACAGAGUUGAAUGGAUUAUAUCGAAGGUAUUAUCGAAGAAAGGCAAUCUCAAACUGACCGAAAUGUAGAGAGGCAUUAGACAUCUUAAAGCAAUGACUUCAUUGAAAGAAGCACCUAAGUUCAAUGUAGCUGAGGCAAUGGUAACAUUCUUCUCCUUCAUGAUAGCAGCAAAUGUUCCUGUGGUUGGACUAAUAUCUAGACCAAUACAGAUCUCCCCUGGCUUUAAGCUUAGAACUUCAUUGAUGGUGAAUUCUGCUGAAACAGACUGAUUUGUUGGGAUAUCCCACCUCGUUUUGAGAGGUUGAAACAAUCUGAGCAUUUGAAGAAUCUCCUUCUGUUGAAACAUUCUGAGCAUUUGAAGAAUCUGAGCAUUUGAAACAAUCUGAGCAUUUGUAGAAAGUGGAGAACCGUGAUGUGGAGAUGUUCUUGUGAAGCAUCUUCUUCUUGGUAAUGGGUCGCAGCCAUUCGAUAUCUCACAGCCAUUCGAUAUCAGCUUCUGAACAAUGUCCCCAUCCUCAGGGCACAUUCCAUGGAUCUUGUAAUUCAUAUAACUGUCUACAUUGAAAGCCAUAUUGGCACAAGGUAAUCCGAAUGACGGAUUUAUUGCCUCCACCCCAAGAAAAUUGUUCUUCCCAAUCAGUCUUUGGUUUGGGUGAAGUAUAAUUCUGAUGCUCACAUGAAUUGAACGCCUUCUAGGGCAUCGAUCCUUCUCCGUCUUCAGCUUCAUCUUUUUGAUCAGGUUCACUGAAAUCUUCAUCCACAUUGUGCACUUCAUUCUUAUCGGGGGUAGCAUUACCAUUGAGAUCAGAUAGGCUGUUUGAAAGCUUGUCUAUAGAAAGAGCAACAUGAAGAACUUGAUCAGAGAAUUCCACAAGUGCUUUAGAUUCUGAACUCUCAUUAUGCAGCUGCUGGAGUAAAAUUCCCACUUGGGUCUGACGAUGGGUCAUUUGGGUGUGAAGGGAAUGAGGUAUAAUGUCAUUCCUGCCAUAAAAGAUAUUGGCCAUGACGGUGAAAAUGGAUCCUGGGUAUGCGACAUUGGAACCGGAGAUUGUUAAAGUAACGAAGCUGAUCAGGAGAAAAACACAAAACAUCAAGGGAAGAAGGCGCCCAAGAAAGCAUUUUGCUGGCCUGUAUGUGCUUUCUUUCUGCAUUUCUACUGAGUUCCUUUCUUCCUGGAAAAUUUUCCAACAAUCACUAGCAUCUGAGCUUUAAUCUUGUUAGCUGUUUGCCUUCAUAAGUAAUAUCAGAUUGUCGUUUUUAAUUUGAA